AUCCACCUGCUGCUAUUUUUCAGUCCUGUUGGCGCUUAUGAGGAUCCAAUCUUCGUCGAUAUCCGGGAUGUCGAACGGAAUAAAUACUUCCUGGAGGUGUAUGACGACAUGCUGAAGGGGAAAGCUGGUGUCAAACAGCUCAUGGCUGAGAGCAUCCAAUCAAGAGUGGAGACUCUCCUAGAGGGAGUUGUCGUGCAAAAGUUCCCAGCCAUGUACUACUGGCGACCGAUUAGUGUAGUCGGUUAUUCUCUAGCUUUGGUAUUGGUUUUGGAGCAACAUGCAAAGCAUUCCAUGAUGUCACCACUGGUGCCGUCUGCAGGAGAUUUUCUCUACCAUCGUCUUGAUCUCAUUCAGAGUCAGGGUGACACUAGUCAGUGUCGAUAUUUUGGCAACAUUGCAAUUAAAGAUAGAUCUACUGUCAAGUUUGGCCCGGAGGCAUUUGUGGAUCCAUACCACUAUCUUGACAACAACGAGUCUAAUCUCACCGUCCGCCAGUACUCACAAUACAUGAAUGACGUUACAACGUUUGCAACAAAUCCCGGGUUCAAGCUAACCUUGACCUCUAAUCGUCCAGCUGAGCUAUUGCCAUGGGUCGUCGUCCGUCGUACGUUCGUCCCCUCCGAAGAUACUCUCCUGUACACACGUCACCCGCUAGCACAUUUGACGUCAAAACCAAACUAUCAACAGGCUGCGUAA